AUGAAGAAAAUUCAAUGCCAUGGAAAGCCUUAUGAGAUUGGGAAGGCACAUGGAGUGGAAGCGCAAGAACCGAUCCGUCGCAGUAUCUCGUUCUAUCAGAAGAUGUUUGUUCAUACUUGCAAGCUGGAAUGGAACGCUGUUCGUGAAAUAGCCAAGGACUGGCAGAGUGAGAUUGAGCAAAAGUGGCCAAGAUACUACCAUGAGAUACAAGGAAUCUCUGAUGGUGCUGGGUUGCCCUUCGUUGACAUAUUGGCUCUCAAUAUUCGAACCGAGAUCGCAUUCGGAAUGUUCAACGAUGGCUGCACAAGCCUAUAUUGGAAAACUCAGAGCAAUUCCUUUUUGGCUUAG